AUGUCUACCGAUGACCCAUUCUCGUUUCUGCCCGCGGAGCAGCCCAAACCCGUCAAAAAGCCCCAUUGGAGAGAUAAGCUAUUCUCAAAAGAUAAGAGCAAAGUCGCUGCGCAGCAAAAUAAAGAUAUCGCAGACUUCUUGGGCUCAUCUCGCACUCCAGACCCUGCGACGGUACCCCCGCCUAACAAUCUAAGAUACUUGCCUCCGCAAAACGCUACCCCUCACCACAUUCCUCCCUCCCAAGACGCCUCCGGAUACCCUCCACCAUCGAAGCCGACACCUGCGCAAGCGCCAGCAUCAGCACCGAUUCGCGAUAAUUAUGCCGGGUUCGAUUUCUCAGAUCUCCAAUCUGCCCCUGUCUCCGCCCCCGCCCAUACCCCUGCCAAGCCCCAUAGCCGGAAAGGGAAAGGGCUGCAGGUGGGAUUCAGCAACCAGAAACCCGAGGUGAUUGGGGAAGGGGGCGAUGAGACCGAGUCCCCAACAAUAGAAAUAUCAAGGGCCCGCGAAAGGUCGCUGAGCAGGGGAGCCCAACCGGAUCGAUCGCAGCUACCCAACCUCCGACUUGACACAUCGCUGGGCGAUGGUGCGCGAGCCCGCCAGGCCAACUUGUCGCCUCAGCGCGAUCGAUCGGAUUGGAAACCACCACUGAUGCACAGCACUCAGAAUGCGGAAUUCUUGAGGACAUUGCCGCAGAGCGAAAGCGGCUCUCGCUUAUCAUUCCGUGGGGACAACGAGGCGAGUACCUUCGCACAACGCGUCCGCGAUAAGAUGCAAGCGGAGGAAGGUCGCGCAUUGCACCAUCGCUACGACGAAAAUGCACUGUCUCCCGGAGCCGAAACUGAGGAUCUCCCAACUCCCCCCAGUCCUCCCAGCCCUGAACCAUCCUCGAAACUUCAUAAUGAUCCCGAAUCAGCCUACGACACAGCACCAACUUCGGUCUCUUCGAAUGCACCUCCAUCGUCUUUGUCGAUGAGGUCUAUCGUUGAUUCGAUUCGCGACCCCGCAAGUCCUGCAACACAACACGCGCCAGCGAAUCUCAGUCCUAUUGACCCGCGAAUGCCCCCGAAUCUCAUUCCAGGUAGUCCUGGCAAGAUUUCUCCAACGCGUGCCAAAGCACCACAGGAGUUGCCUCAGUCGGGCCCGAUCCCACCGCCCAGUCGCGAAGGUCGGGAGCCGGCCGGCAGCGCCCAACCCCCGAGAUUCUCUCUUCGGAACGUUGCCAAUCAGGUUGGCGAUACCGCAUUUGCGGAGUUCAAAGAAUACAAUGCACGGUAUCAAAGCCAUGUUCAGCAUUCAGCAGAGAGUGUCAAACCUCCGAGCGAUGUUUCGCUGGCAGAAUGGGUUCGGGCUGCGGUGUGGUGGUUCCUGCGCGGAAAAACGCGACUAGAAGCAUAUGCUCGUUCUCGUUCGACCUCGCCUCCUGGUCUGGCCAAGCAAGCCGUGGUUGAUCUUGGGAAGGCGUUAUGGAUUAACGAAAAUAUCGUGCCUAGUCAUCGUGACCUCUCUCGGUACGGUGCCAUGAGUGUCGACGCCCUUCUUGCUGUUGCGAGCACUACUGGCGACAAGGAUUUGGCAGACCUUCUGGGGAUACACCACACUCUCAGCAAUCAUCUCCGGUCGCUUUCCAUGUCCAUCAAACGGAACAACAUCCUCUCUUUAGUCAUCUCAGAUGAAACGUCUCCUACUCAGUUGGAUACGAGUGUUUGGAUGCGUUAUCCUUUCUAUGCGCCCGACGUCACGGCAGUAUUAUCUGGCUCCGCAACGCGGUCCAUGUUGGUGGAAAGCGUGGGUAAAAUGCCAAGUUUGGUCCACAUGAUGCCUUUGGGCGACACGAGUCGAUACUUCAGCUACGGUAGCAUGUUUGUUCAGGUCUGCGUGAGCUCCAGUGACGACGAUGGGCAACAGCAAUAUGCCAUGCCCUGUGUAUUGACCAUUGUCCGUGAGCGCUCGGAUUGGUAUGUCUUUGCUGCAAUUACCAGUCAAAGUCAGCUCGUCAAUAUCCUGAUCCAGUCCGAUCGCAAGCAAGGUCCAACUUGGGAGGAUGUGGACUGGCAAGUCCGGUCCCAUUCGAUGCGGGUCAAGCUUCCUCGUGGAUUUGAGUUGGAUGUCAUGUUCAAGGACGAAGACUUCAAGACUCUUUGGAAUAUUGUCAAAUACACACAGAAGUCGGAGAACAGUCUGCAUCCGGAGGCAGGCGAGACGUUGGUGUUUGAGAAUACUGUCAAACUGUUCCAGUAUAUGGAUCCAGGCACGCCAAAGGCGUUCCCUCCAGAACCUACAGAAAGAUCUCGAAUCCGUUUGUUCGAGCGAUCGGUCACUGUUACUGAAGGCACCGGUACCCGCAACGCGCACCGGGGAUUCCGACUGGCUGUCAUGACCAGCCCUAAGGUCAAGACGUUGAGCAGCAUUCGGCAUAUAUUGGGUAACGGCUCCCCGGUUGUAUUCGGUCUCUUGCGAGGAGAAAACGGCGCACCUGCUCUUCUGCUCAAAGUGACCGAGGAGGGGCGCACGAGAUCCAUGUUGAUGACGUUUCAUGAGGUGGAGGAGCGUACACGGAUACACUCUGUGCUGCUGGGCAUGGCUCCGCGGGAAGGAGAGGUCAAGUCGCCCGAAUUCGCCAUUCAGUCCUACUGCAUCGAGCAACCGGAGGAUGCAUUCAGCGGCCAACCGCCGGUUAAACACCUCCAGUUCCCUGCCGGAAGCGUCUGUGUCAUUGAUCAGGAGCAUGCUUACGUUGAUCAUGGCUAUGGACCGACGAUCCUGUCCGAACAUUUGAGGGCCUUUAUCUCCACCGAAUGGGGCUCAGUCACGGAUCGCAUCAAUUUGGGGCCUGGUGAACUGAAGAUCGGCUUGGAUGUCCAUCGCCAGACCAGCAUGAGCCUGUUCCGCUCCGCGCAGCAAGAUCUGACCCUUUCACUUGCGGAUAAUCUUACUCGUCCGGAGAUGACAGCGCAACUUACGUCGUUGUUGGAGAAGAUUACGGCGAAGCCCAUGAUCCGUCGACUCGACUUCGCCACCAUGCAGGGUAUGUCUGCUUUUGACUUGGACGUCUGUGCUUUUUUGCUAAGUUUAUCGCAGAUCUCCACAACUUCGAAGAAGCUGUCACUGGCUUCCAGGUACUUUACGACGGGUGAGUCUAUAGAUCCACUCUUCGGUCAUUGGGACAUUACUAAUGAGUCCAGAAUGGCUUCAUCCUUCACCAUCUCUCGUCGACGGAGUAUGGUUCCCAUAUAUAAGAAAUGGGAAGCUUCCCUGGCCCGAGUCCAGAUUGUCCGACAAGAGAAAGUCGUUCAAAUGCUCGUUUUCCUAGGGAAUUUCCAACACGGCACAUGCAUGAACUUUGUGCUCAAAGGCACUGAUAUGAUGGAAUCCUUUGGCCGGUCUGGCAAAUUCGGCAUUCGAAUGGUGGACGCCAAGUUCGCCCUGCCAAAGAAGGACGACAAUCCCGGCUCUGACUUUGUGUGCCUCGACAUGCCUGAGUAUCCUAUCGAACAUGACGAUCUCACUAUUACAUUCGAUACCGAAGCUGGUGAGUUAUGGCUUGCUGGUCUUCUAGUGUGCCCCACUAACAAAGGUUAA